CAGAGAGCCAUGGACCACGCAGAAAGGACCAAGGAGCGGGAGUUCUACAGGUUCCACUCGUUGACGAGCCCUGUCGUUCCGCCGCAUUUGGAUGCCCAGCCUACGCCGUCGGACGAUAAGGCGCUUACGGCAUUUGCGCAGCUGGGAGCCCUGCGUUUGAAUGCACAUCGUGGGCUUAUCAGUUUCUUUGACAGAAGGAAUUGCUAUAUUCUUGCAGAGGCAACGCCGACGCUGUCACUUCAGACAGGUAAUGCGCAGCGGGAAGGCGACAGGCUGCAGUGGGGAAGAUGCGUGUUUCCCAAGCAACAGAGCAUCUGCCAUUACACGGUCAAUAUGAAGUCGAACCGGGACGCGGACGGGUACGGCCAGAUACCGUCACUCGUGGUCAACGACCUCACCCUGGACGACCGCUUCAAGCACUUCCCUUCUGUGGUUGGCCCAGCCAAAAUCCGCUUUUAUGCCGGUGUUCCCAUAAGGAGCCCAAGUGGUCACAACAUUGGUACCUACUGUGUCUUGGACGAGAAGCCACGUGACGGCAUAUCGGAUGUGGACAUGAUGUUCCUGAAAGACAUGGGCAUGACAGUAAUGCGCCAUCUUGAAAUGACGCGCGCUUUGGAUGACCAUAGAAGAGGAGGGGUAAUGGUGCGGUCCCUCGGUUCGUUCGCAGAAGGCAAGUCCACCCUCGAGGACUGGUCGCAAGAUCUCUGGAGCCCAGCCCCCGCUGCCGCGCUUCACGCGGACGACAUGCAAUUGCCAUUACCUCGGCGCCGCCGACGGGCGAGAUCAAGCGUAGAUGGAUCGACGGCGGAGGCUCGAGAACUUGUCGGCUUACAUAAAGGUUACGAGGACAACAAUUCCACCAGCCCCAGUUCACAGAGCCAACAAAUAACUCCUGAGAGUUCGGUUCCUGGAAAUGAUGCCCUUACACCCGCCUCCGAGGUUCUCGACCACCAACACCUUUCCAAUGCUGCUGUCAAGACGGCAUCUGAUGAGACGAGAGACUCCGAUCAGAGCAGACUCUCGCCUGAAAUGAAGUCACUGUUCAGCCGGGCCAGCAAUAUGAUUCGGGAAGCCGUGGAAGCUGAUGGUGUUGUAUUCUUCGAUGCUAAAGUUAGCACAUUUGGUGGUCUGGUGGAGGACGAGUUCGCCCAGGAGCAGCCGGCAGAGGUUAUUGAGCAGGACAAACCUUGUGCGAUAUUAGGCUCCUCUUCAACUGCCACUACUCCCCCAGUGUCCGAACGUCAAAUACCCCUCUACGAGGCCGAGUUACGGCAUCUACUGCGAUCCUAUCCACAUGGUCAGAUCUUCAAUUUUGACGAUGAGACAGCAUGGACAUCCAAGCCUGGUGGACGAACCAGUCGCUUUGACAUAUCGCACGUGCUUAACGAGAGCCUUGGAGGAACCAUUUCCGAUCUCAAACGUCCAGAUUCUGCAAGGAGCCAGGACGAUGAGAGAAUCCUGAAAGAAACGUUCCCAGAAGCUCGUACCAUGGUCCUCUAUCCCUUAUGGGACUCUCAUCGCGACAGAUGGUUUGCUGGCGCCAUUAUAUGGAGCUCCGACCCCAUGCGUGUCUUUACUACUGAGCAGGAACUUAGCUAUCUUGCGGCUUUCAGCAAUAGUAUCAUGGCCGAGGUUGCGCGUCUAGAUAUCAAGUUAGCGGACACUGCCAAGGGCGAUUUCAUCUCGUCCAUCAGCCACGAAUUGAGAUCACCCUUACACGGCAUCCUGGGAUGUUGUGAGCUACUCAAGGAUUCGGAGAUGGACACUUUCCAAUCAAACAUGACUCAAACAAUAGAGACGUGCGGCAAAACCCUUUUGGAUACGAUCAACCACGUUCUCGACUUUGCCAAGAUCAACAGCCUCACCAAAGGCGCCGUGAAGCGACAGAACAGGCGUUCGCAGAGCACCAAGCAUGUGAUCAGUCCAGCUCAGAGCCACACCAACGACAUCAUGACCCUCAUCACUGACGUGGACUUGAGCGUCCUGACCGAAGAGGUCUUGGAGACGGUCUUUGCCGGCUACAGCUUCCAGAAGACUGCCUCCCAGAUCUAUGGAGCUCCAUCUGCUAAGUCUGAUUCUCCCCCAAUUGCAGUCGUUGUCGAUAUCGAGCAGAGCAACAACUACGUGUUUCGUACACAGCCAGGAGCCUGGCGUCGUGUCCUCAUGAAUCUAUUUGGCAAUGCGUUGAAGUAUACACCCGCCGGCUAUACAAAGGUGAAGCUCCAGGCGAUCCCAAGCAGUGAUCCGAAUGACGAUACGUCGGAGCUGCGCCUCACCGUCCAUGAUUCUGGUAUUGGCAUGUCUGAGGACUAUAUCAACAACCGCCUCUUCCAUUCCUUUGCUCAAGAGAACCCACUUACUCAGGGUACAGGACUUGGGCUAUCAAUUGUCAAACAAAUCAUUCAAUCCCUAGGCGGAGAUAUUGAGGUCCGAAGCCGGAAGCACCAUGGCACCAAGUUCACAGUUACAUGUCCCCUUAAGCCAUCCAUGUUAUCACCAGCAGAUUCGCCCUCAACCGCCGACGGAGAUCUCCAAGCAAUCAGGAAACGGACUCGAGGGAAAACUGUCGGCUUCGUUGGGUUCGACAUCGAGAGCGACUAUUUCCCCUCGAAGAGCGCCAAGACUAGGAGUGCAACGAACUUGGCUCUCCGUGCUCUUGAAGACACAUGCCGAGACUGGUUCGGUAUGAGCGUACAGCGUUGCAAGAUGACUGCUGGCAGCGUCAGUGGGAACCUGGAUCUUCUAGUCGCUACAGAGUCUGGUGCCACUUGGCUAAGAACUCAACCUCACGCAAGCGCCUCAUCGACGGCUCCGGUAGUCGUAGUUUGUCAGGGCGCUGCCUCUGCACACUCAACGCUCGCAAAGACAGACGCCGGACGAAUCUUCGAAUGCAUCUCCCAACCAUGCGGACCGCAUAAACUCGCCAAAGCGCUUGCGUCCUGUCUAGACCGUCACGAGCAUCGUCAAAUGAUGCAAUCCAUGGAGUUGAUCACUGAGCUGGACGCACCCACGCCCAGCGCAGAUCCCCUGAGCAUCAGAGAACGGGCGUUCUCCCUCGAUCCAACCGCUCUGACCACCCAUCUCUCGCAUCUCUCUCCCCCGCACCGCGACCAACGCCUCGCGCAAUCCGAACACAGCCGACCCCAUCUCAACCCCGCCCUCAGUGCCCCCGUUAUAACCCCAAGCCCAAACCCUCUCAAGCAGAUGCGACCGCUGACACCGCGCCCGCUCCACUGUCUCGCCGCCGACGACAACCCCAUCAACCUCCGGCUCCUCCGCACCUUCGUUGACAAACUGCACCACAAACACACGCUGGCAACCAACGGCCGCGAAGCCGUCGCCGCGUUUAAAGAAGCCGCGUCCCAUUCCCGGCCCGGCACCAUCCCUUUCGACGUGGUGCUCAUGGACAUCAACAUGCCCGAAAUGGACGGGUUGGAAGCCACGCGGCAGAUACGGGCGUAUGAGCGGGACGCCGGGUUGAAGCCAGUGACGAUUAUCGCGCUGACGGGGGUGGCGAGUAGUGAGGCGCAGCAGGAGGCGCAUGUCAGUGGGGUGAAUCUGUUUUUGAUCAAGCCGGUGCGGUUGAGGGAGUUGGAGACUGUGCUGAAUGGGGUUGUUAUCGGGGACGAU